AUGAAGUACGCCGUCGUUGCCGCUCUCUUUGCCCUGGCUGCUGCCCAGACCCGCGAGGACAUUCCCUCUUGCGCCACCACCUGCCUUGACGACGCCGUCAAGUCCGGCACCAGCUGCUCGACUACCGACUACGCCUGCAUCUGCCCCCAUGUGACUGAGCUCAGCGGCUCGGCCAGUGGCUGUGUCAUUCAGUCUUGCGGCGCCGACGUUGCCGUCGGCAAGGUUCUUCCCGCCGUCCAGGCUCUUUGCGCUGCUCAGGGCACUGCUACCGCUUCCACCAGCGGCAGCUCUGCUUCCGUCACCUCUACUACCCCUAGCUCCGGCUCCAGCUCCGGCUCCAGCUCCGGCUCCAGCUCGGCUUCUGCCACCAGCGGCAGCUCUGCUUCCGUCACCACCUCCGUUCCCGUCACCACCUCGUGGACCAGCAUCCCUUGCGACACCACCUUGGUUCCCCAGACUCCCGUCAACAACCAGACCACCUCCACCACUGUCCCCAUUGCUGGUGCCGCCGGUCUCUCUGUCGGAGCUGCCGCUGUCGUCCUCGCCGUCCUCGCUCUUUUCAGAGUGGGACAAGAAGCCAUUGUCACUGGAGAGUGGAUGUAA